CUGCAGUCUUCCUGCUUUAUGUCGUGGGUCUCGCUUUGCACCUACCAUGGAUAGACACCACCGGAGUUGCUGAUGGCGAGUGCUGAGUACAAGCACUCCAUCCUCUGGCGGGGAGAGGACCCAACACAAAGCAGAUUCAAGCCAGCUUAUGAUGGGACCAAGAAAGUUGCGAGGUAUCGCCGAGGACAGGUUCCAGAAUGGGCGGAAGAAGGAAAGAAGACUGAGAAGAAGAAAAGAGAAGAGCCAGAGGAGGACCUGAAGAAGGCUUCCAAACGGCGGCGCCAAGCGGCGGCAGUGAUUCUGGAGAGCAAGGCUUCAGACAGCGCCAGCAGCAGAUUGGCUCGCCUGCAGCGUUCCGAAGCUGCGCCGGCCACUGAAACAGGCACCCAGAGGCUCUUACGACAUCGUCGUGUUGAAGAAGCCGUCAUCCUUGAAAAGGAAGACGAAGAUGAAGAAGAUGAGAUCGAGAAGAAGGAGGUCUUUAAAGAGGAACUGGACAUGGAUCUGAAGCCUACAGCACUGGCUGAUGCCAGUUUUGACCUCGGGGCGGAGGAUGAGGAUUUAGAGAUCCAACAAAUCCGUCGGGAAAGGCUUCGAGAAAGAGCCCUGUCCAAGCGAAAGAUCGAGGAGGACGUCCUCAAGGCAGAACUUGAAGAUGAGCAGGAGGAGGUUCCUGAUGAGGAGAGUGAAUACGAGUCUGAAUCAGAUGAGGAUGAUAGGCGUGGGCCUCUGAUGAAGCCAGUUUUCGUCUCCAAGGCGAACAGAGAAACAGUGCGAGAAAAGGAAAUGAUUGAAAAGGAGGAAGAGGAUGCUCGCAGAAAAAAAGAAGUUCGCGCACUUGAGAGAAAGGCGGAGUCAAAGGUCCUGGUCAUCGACAAGAUUCAGGAAGAAGCUGAGGCGGAACGCUUAGCGGGAGAGGAAGAUGAUCGAUCAGACAUCGAACUUAUGGAUGACGAUGAUGAGAAGAAUGAAGCAGAAGAGUACGAGCUCUGGAAAAUCCGCGAGCUGAAGCGGAUCAAGCGAGACAAGGAGGAGCGCUUGCAACGGCAAAAGGAGAUCGAGUUCGUGCUCAAGCGAAGACAAAUGACAGAUGAAGAGCGGGCCAAAGAUGAUGCCAGGCUUGACGCUGCGAAUCCUAAGAGGGCGGAGGUGAAGCAGUUCAACUUCUUACAGAAGUACUAUCACCGCGGUGGUUUCUUCCAGGACAAAGCAGUAUCUGGUGAAGAAGCGCUCUAUCUUCGGGAUUAUCACGAACCUCUUGAGGAAGAGAAGUAUGACAAGCAGCUUUUGCCCAAAGCCAUGCAGUUGAGGAGAGGUGAGUUUGGCAAAAAGGGCCAGGUCAAACACUCACAUCUCACCGAUGUGGACACCACAGAUAUGUCAGCGGCAUGGGCCCAAAGCUCCAAAGUCGUUCAGAGGUACCAGGAAAAGAUGGCAGCAGCCAAAGGCGUCGGAAACUUCGAACGUCCGUCAAUGAAGAGCAGGGGGGAGGCCUAACCGCCGCGGCUCUGGGGCGGAUGGCGCCGCGCAACGUGGAAAAACAA